GAAUUGGGAAACGAAGGAAAGAAAAGAAAAGAAAAUUAGAGAAAAUAGGAAAGAAAUAAAAUUAGGAUUUUGGGCGAUGGAGCGUCGAAAAGUUGGAAGAGACGAUGUUUUAAUUAUUAGAUGUGUAAAUUUUAUUUUUAAAUAAGAUGGUGGAUGUAAACAGUUUCAGCCGAUGCAUUAAUCAAAGAAUGGGAAUCCAUUUUCAAUUUUUACUUGAUUUCCAAACAUACCCUAAAAGCGGCCAUGGGUUCACCUCCGAAAAUUUGUUUUCAUUCGAGAAAUUAGAAUAAAUAUCAAAGCGAAGAGGUCUGAUGGUCACGUCUCAUGAUCGGAUCCCCCAAACCCAAAUUCAUCUUUGGGUCUUUGAUACCAAAUCUGAAAUGGGUCUCCGCAGCUCCCUCUCAACUUCCUCCACACCCAAUAGAUCAUCUCCGGGCUUUCUUCAAUGGGAACAAGGACACCCAACACUCCGAUUACGAACUCACUUUGGUUUCAGCCCUGAAAUCAUGUUCAUCCCUCCUAGCCCUUUCCCAAGGCCAGCAAAUCCAUUCUCUGGUCUUCAAAUCCGGCCUUCUUUCCAACAUUUUUGUCAAAAAUAGUUUGAUUAGUUUUUACGUGAAAUGUAGGCUUAUUUCCAAUGCUCGAUCGCUGUUUGACACUUGCUCGGUGUUGGAUCCGGUGUCUUGCAACAUUAUGCUUGCUGGGUAUGUGAAAUCUGGGUCGUUGGACAAUGCUCGCCACCUGUUCGAGAAAAUGCCCAUUAAAGGUUGUGUCUCGUACACUACUAUGGUAAUGGGUUUGGCCCAAAAUAAUUGUUGGCUUGAAGCAAUUGGGGUUUUUAAGGACAUGAGAUUCGCAGGUGUCAUCCCAAACGAGGUGACAUUGGCGAGCUUGAUCUCUGCUUACUCGCAUGUGGGUGGGAUUUUGAAUUGUCGAAUGCUUCAUGCAUUGGCAUUCAAACUGGGCCUUGAAGCCUUGAAUAUUGUUGCAACUAACUUGGUUCACAUGUAUUGUGUUUGUUCGAGUUUGGGGAAUGCCAGGGUUCUAUUUGAUGAAAUACCUGAACGGAAUGUAGUUACCUGGAAUGUGAUGUUAAAUGGGUAUUCAAAAUCAGGGCUUGUUGAUUUGGCUAGGGAUUUGUUUGAGAGGAUCCCUGCAAAAGAUGUGGUUUCGUGGGGUACGAUAAUUGACGGGUAUGUGCAAAUUGAAAGGUUGGGUGAAGCUUUGAGGAUGUGUCGAUCAAUGCUUCGAACUGGGGUGGGACCCAAUGAGGUCAUGAUUGUGGAUUUGAUUUCAGCUUGUGGACGGUCAAUGGCAGUGAGUGAGGGUCAGCAAUUUCAUGGUAUAAUAGUAAGAACAGGCUUUGAUUGUUAUGAUUUUAUACAGGCAACAAUCAUUCAUUUCUACGCUGCUUGUGGUGAAAUCGACCUUGCUUUUCUGCAAUUUGAAUUGGGUAGUAAGGACCACGUCUCUUCAUGGAAUGCCCUCAUUUCAGGAUUUGUAAGAAAUGGAAUGAUUGAGCAAGCAAGGCAAUUGUUUGAUGAAAUGCCUGAGAGAGAUGUUUUUUCAUGGAGUUCGAUGAUUUCUGGUUACUCACAGAAUGAGCAGCCUGAUUUGGCUUUACAACUCUUCCAUGAAAUGGUAGCUGGCGGGGUCCAACCGAAUGAGAUUACUAUGGUAAGUGUCUUCUCAGCAAUUGCCACUCUGGGCACUUUGAUGGAAGGAAGGUGGGCUCAUGAAUAUAUUCUUAGCAACUCCAUCCCUCUCAAUGACAAUUUGAAUGCAGCACUUAUCGACAUGUAUGCCAAGUGUGGAAGCAUCACUAUUGCCUUACAACUGUUCUAUGAAAUCCAGGACAGGGUCUCUUCUGUCUCACCAUGGAAUGCGAUUAUAUGUGGGUUAGCCAUGCAUGGCCAUGCAAAUUUGUCUCUUAAACUGUUUUCCCAGCUGCAGAGGGUCAGAAUUAAACCCAAUUCGAUCACAUUCAUUGGGGUAUUGAGUGCAUGCUGCCAUGCCGGGUUGGUGGACGCUGGGGAGAAGUAUUUCAAGGGCAUGAAGAAUUUAUACAACAUAGAACCCAACAUCAAGCAUUAUGGUUGUAUGAUUGAUCUCUUGGGUAGAGCUGGGCGGUUAAAAGAAGCUGAUGAAAUGAUAAGGAAGAUGCCGAUGAAGGCAGAUGUGGUGAUAUGGGGUACGCUGUUGGCAGCUUGUAGAACACAUGGGAACGUAGAAAUAGGAGAAAAGGCUGCCGAGAAUUUGGCAAAGUUGGACACAUCUCAUGGGGCAGGAAGGGUUCUUCUAUCUAACAUAUAUGCAGAUGCAGGGAGGUGGGACGAUGCAUUUUUGGUAAGGAGAGCAAUGCAAAGUCAGAGAAUGAAGAAGUCACCCGGGUGCAGCGGUGUUGUAUGAUGUUCUAAUACACUGUUAAAAUUCCUGCUUACUUAAUUAUGAACCUGACAUUCCCUUGUCUCAAAGAAUCUAAAGAAAUGAGAAAGAAUUUAGUACA